AUGGCCUCUCCACCUCGUCGUUGCGCCUCCAGGAAGGACUGGGAAGACCAAAAAGCGGAGAUCUACGAGCGAUAUCUGGUGCAAAACCUGAAAUUGAAUAUUGUUACAGAUUUUCUCAACCAACAACGUGGCUUUCAAGUCACGCCUCGCCAGGUCAAGGCCAAAAUCAAAGAAUGGUCUUUUGACAACAAGAGAACCUUUGGGCAUCACUACCGUGCCAUGUUGGUGGUUGCCGAUCAUCGGCGAAACAUUCUUGGCCUCGACACUGUCUUUUUAGUCCCGAAAAACGCUUCCACCGAAGAGGUAUGCCCGGCCCGCGUAAAGAAGGAGGUUGAUAGACAGAGAGGCGAGUUGCGAUUACGAUUGCCCAACUUCGAGGAGGCAAAGGCAGCCCUCGAGGCAGGCAACAUUACCUGGCAUCUUCCUCGGACAGAAAACACUGCAGACACCCUUCAAUUUCUGACGUCACAUCAAAAUCAUUCAGACAUAAGCCUGAGUCCAGCUGCAGAUCCGCUAUGGUUGGUGACUGAUGAAGCAGAUGAAGCGAAUUCGUUCGGAUAUUCUGUACCGAAUUCGCCAUUUGAACCCAUGAUCGGCUCGCCUGCGACAUCAUUUGGAGCGAGCAACACCGCAAUAGAGUCUUUGGUGAACUUCGCCGAGUUUGGGAUGCAUACUGGCCACGACAUACAGCAAUAUCAGAUUCAGGCGCAGGCACAAUGGACUUUUCACACUGCACACCAACCCGUCAUGGCGUAUGCAUUUCACGACUUGACAGCUACUUCAGAUGUCUGUUUGUCGUGCCCAAGUGAGCAUCAGAACUUCGACCUUUUUGAUAUUAUUCAGUGCUUGGGUCGUGCAGACGAAUCGAAAAUGCAUGUAAGUCAAUGGGCUGGUCCAUGGUUGUGGCUUGCCUUUGGCAAUCAACUGGGACAGCAAACUAGCAAAGAAGGUGGUAUGAACGCGCUAAGGAGGACACUAAGACUACAGCCUGAUAAUCAGUACGUUUUCCCCUGCCUCAGUGGGAUGAUCACGGUCCUUGGUGCCUGGGGCAAAGACGCUGAACUGGGAGACUUCUUGAGAGCCAGCUGUCUUGUUAUCGAUGAAGAGACCAACCAGAACCCGAUAUACAGCUCAACAUUCCAUUACGCCCUGGCUGUUCAUCAGGAAAAUGACGUCGAUAAACGAAGGUAUGGUGAGAACUUUGCGCGUACCCAUGAGCCAAUGAAACUUGUCUGGCAGGAAGAUCAUCCUAACGUCUUGGUUAACAUCUCAUUUUGGGCAUUUUAUUUGCUCGAUGAGCGAAAAUUUGCGGAAGCCAUUGCACUCUUGGAGCGCUAUCUCCCAUCCUUUAUGGAUGUUAUGGGAAGACAUGAUCUCUUCACUAUCAACUGUCGCGCUAUCUUGUCCCGUGCGUACGAAGAAGUGGGUAAUUACUCUGAAGCCUCACACCACCUCGAGCAAGCCCUGGAAGUCAUUGGAGACCAGCGCUGGGUGGUUAGUGCAGUAAAAUUGCGACUUCAAGGUAGACUUGGAGAACUGAAGAGGCAAAUGGGAGAGCUAUCCUCUGCCGAGCAAUACCUCCGCCACUGUGUUGUCGGCAGAAUGGAAUUAUUCGGCCUCCAGGAUGCGGCAAUUUGGUGGUUUAUCGAUAUCUUAUGUGAGGUGCUUAGCCGCAGUGGCCGAAAUGGCGACAUCGAUUUGCUGUUACGUGAUCUACAGCAACGCGACGACUGUCCCCAAGGUGAGAUUGAGGCGCAGUGGAAGAGGAUCAAAUAUCGGAUGCGCUGGGGCAGGCAAUGA